AGCACCAUCAGCUGUACUCAAGUAGCACCAUCAGCUGUACACAAGCAGCACCAUCAGCUGUACUCAAGUAGCACCACCAGCUGUACUCAAGCAGCACCAACAGCUGUACUCAAGCAGCAUUACCAGCUGUACUCAAGCACCACCACCAGCUGUACUCAAGCAGCACCACCAGCUGUACUCAAGCACCACCACCAGCUGUACUCAAGCAGCACCACCAGCUGUACUCAAGCAGCACCAUCAGCUGUACUCAAGCAGCACCACCAGCUGUACUCAAGCAGCACCAUGUCCGACAGCAGCAGUGACACCUCAGUCGGGUCCAGCCCAUACCAGUCUGACAGGGAAGAAAUAACAUUCGUCAUGGUUGGAGAAGACACAAAUACAGAUUCAGGGGACACAUGUACAAGACACAGUGAUGACAGUAACACAGUAAGACUUGAAGAGGAAGAAAACAAACCAAGCCUUGACAGAGCAGGAUGUUCAACAGACACACUUCAAGGUAGCAUCAUCAGACUUGAGGAAGAAAACAUUCAACUGAAAAAGAGAAUAGAGGAGCUGGAGUACUUCAACCGACUGUCUCUUGCUUCUGGGGACAGUGGGUUCCGCAGUGAAACAAGCAGUCUGGCAUCCUUGGGCAGGGGUCCGACAACUCACAGACGUCAAGAGGAUAAAGUAGGCCAUGUUGGCAAGAAAAAAGACAACCUAAAGAGGCGUUUCAAUCCUAGACCACAAAAACAUACAGAUGAAGUUUUCCGCCCAACUUCAGUCUUGCGUGUUGGAAAUGAAGGCGAGCAACAGAUGCCAAAUGCUACAGAGAUGGUGGCUGAACCAGUUCAUGGUAAAGCUGGGAAACAAAUAACUAAAUGGACAUUCAAAAUCAUCAUGUAUAAAUUUGCUUCACUUGAUAGGGGGAGGUAA